AUGCGGGCAGGGGCACUAGAGAUCCUCAUGAUCAUCGUGGUGGCCACUGGCAGCCUGGGCCUUUGUGGUGGUUUCAACGGCUCUACCCCAUCUCAGCUUAGCCCCAACCAGGACACGCUCUGGCCUCCUGCAGCCAGCGUAGUGGGAGAAGCGGUUGAAGAAUUGGAGCCUGGAGAAUUUGAGGCAGAGAGAGUAGUGAGCCGCCGUGUACGACGUGGCCACGUUGAACAUCUGCUGAAAUGGAAGGGCUAUCCAGAUGAUCAGAAUACCUGGGAAGCUGAAGAAAAUUUACAUUGUGCUGAUUUAAUCACAGCCUUCAUCAAUUCUGAUGAAUGUGGUUUACCUCCUAGUGAAUUUGAAGAUAGAAAUAGUUUUGCUAGUGGUCUAAAACCUGAAAAAAUCAUUGGUGUCACAAAUAUUGGUGGAGAAUUGAUGUUCGUCAUGAAGGGGAAACAUGUAGAUCAAGUUGAAAUGGUGCUGGCAACAGAGGCUAAUGCAAAAUGCCCUCAACUUGUAAUUGCCUUUUACCAAGAGAGUAAAUAG